AAAGCUUGGCCUUCCCCAUUAGAGCCUGACAGAAGAAGAAGAAGCGGGGGUCCCUGGAAAUGAGCGCAUUUAUUCAGCAGCCAGGGCGCAAGGCUCACACAAAUGGAGAGGCACAGGAGGCGGCAGCAGCAGCAAUAGCAAUAGCAAUAGCUCCUCGGCAGCGGCGGAGAGGUGUUUUCCUUCUUCCUCUUCCUCCUCUUCCUCUUCUUCGCCUUGGUCCCUCUCUUCCCCUCCACCUCCUCCUCCUCCUCCUCCCUCUGGCUGAGUGUAAUUUUUAGAUUGAGAUCCAGCUUCUAUCCGAGGUGGGGGGGAAAACACUUUCUCUAAGGCUGAAAGCGGUAGAGUUGCCACCGCCAAGGUGAUGGGCUAUCAAAGGCAAUUACAUUAAAACAGAUUAUACUGUGCAAAUUGAGCCAUUUAGAAGGUGAGAGAAGCACCAAAGGAGCCGCGCCGAGCCUCCCCUGCUCCUUCCUCCUCUCUCUCUCUCUCUCUCCCCCUCUCUCCCCCCUUUUGCUCCUUCAAUUGCAGUUUGAGUUCCUUGCAAUUCAGGGGGAAAGGCAAGUGGGAGAGGGCGCUUUUGUAUCUGCAAAGUGCUGCGUUUCUCGAAGGUAAUUCUAACUGAGUGCAAUCUAGGUUAAAAGCCGGGCAACUGGAUCAUUAGAGCUCGCGCUCGCUGCGAAAGGACAAUCCGCCGCGCGACGCCGGGGCUCCUCUGGGCGCCCAAGAAGAAGAAGCAGAAGCAGAAGCAGAAGCAGCAGAAGCAGAAGAGCCUCUCCUCCUCCUCCUCUUUCUCCUCCUCCUCUUCCUCCGCUCCCCGGACUUCCUGCGACCCCGGAGAUGAUGGUGCUCGACAAGGAGGACGGCGUGCCAAUGUUAUCCGUACAACCGAAGGGGAAGCAAAAGGGUUGUGCUGGCUGCAACCGUAAAAUCAAGGACCGAUACCUCCUGAAGGCCUUGGAUAAGUACUGGCAUGAAGAUUGUUUAAAGUGUGCCUGUUGUGACUGCCGCCUGGGAGAAGUCGGAUCAACACUUUACACAAAGGCAAAUCUCAUUCUCUGCCGCAGAGAUUACCUGAGGCUCUUUGGGACCACUGGGAAUUGUGCUGCCUGCAGUAAGCUGAUCCCUGCCUUUGAGAUGGUGAUGAGGGCCAGAGAUAAUGUUUACCACUUGGACUGCUUUGCCUGCCAGCUUUGCAACCAGAGAUUUUGCGUGGGAGACAAGUUUUUCCUGAAGAACAACAUGAUCUUGUGUCAGAUGGACUAUGAGGAGGGGCAGCUGAAUGGAAGCUUUGAACCCCAAGUUCAAUAACACACCCUGCUUUGCUGAAACACUGUGGGAUGGACGUUCACCUGCACUAAUAGUGACGGGCGUCUGUCAGCUUGCCUGCAAUAUUUUUUUAAAUCUUGGUCCAGAAGGACUGAAUACAUUGUAGUAUUUCCCCCACACACAACACAAAGCAGUUACAAUUUUAGAUGUACAGUCGUGCCUGCUUAGCUGAGCACUGCAUUGCCUGUAUGUUCGUGAGUUUUUUGGGGAUUUGGGGGAGGGUUCUGUACAGUCUGUUUUCUGUAUAUAAACUGGAACAUUUAUUUUAUGAAAAAUGUAAUGCAAUUUUAUUACAGGUGUGAAUUAAAAAUUAUGAAUGUUU